GUGAAGGGGGCGCUGCUGGUGAAAUUGGCGGGAAAUGAUGACGCGUGAGGCGCGUACGGGCAACGCCUAGUUAGUUGGAAGGACACUGUGGCAGUGUCAAUGUCGUUGUUGAAUCUAAUUUGCUAAUAAAUUAGUUCUUGGGUGAAUUCCGAGUUUCAUUUACAGAGCAGCGGUAGGAUAUUGCUCAAAUAAUCGUUUCCGAUAGAGAGUGGUGAAUUGUGGUGAUUUUGUGAGGAAUUUGUGGGUCGCCAAGGCAAGGGCCAAAAAUUGAAGUUUUGGGAAUCUGUACCGUUUCAUUCGUAACAAAAUUUUGUUUUACGACUUGAAAUCGAACAAAUCAAUCGGGUGCUAGCCGAAUUUAUCUGGUUUUUCUGAUUUCUGACGAGUUCUAGGAGUUACGCAACCACACGCUGUCAAUUUUCAUUUGGGUGUGGCACAAAAGGCGCGAAAAGUUUUCUGGUGAGAUUUUCGCAAUGGGGCGUCACAGGUACCGAGGAAAUGUGGACUCGGACGACUCGGACUCAAGUGACGAUGAGCCACGGCCGAAAAGGUCCGCGCCUGGGGUCUCCACUACAGUAAAUUCACCCCCAGUUUCGGCCGAGUCCGCUAGAAUCGCGAGACUUGAGCAACUUGUGGAAAACUUGAAUCGACGUUUGCUAAACCGCAAUUUUGAGCACACAUCAGGACAAGUUGGCAUUAAAAGUGACCUGAUUCCUGAAUUCGCUCCAGGAAACCCCAAUUUUAGUACCACUAAGUGGUUGCAUAAAAUUGACCAGUUGGCUCUCGUGAACGGUUGGGACGAACGUACAACGAUUUACGGCAUGAUAAGUCGACUCAAGGGGUUGGCCAAGGAGUGGUACGACAAUCUCGAUCCCUCAGCAUACGACCGGAGCUGGGAUGAAUGGAAACGUUUGUUACAAGCCACCUUCCCCGAUCACCACGAUUAUGCUUCCACACUUCGUAAGCUAGUGAAUAGGGUGAAGGAAGAUGGUGAAACCUGGGCACAAUAUUAUUUUGGGAAAUUAAAUCUGUUGCAGGCUUGUGACAUAACAGGAACGAAUGCAGUCUCCUGUCUUAUUGAUGGAAUCACUGACGUGACUCUCAGAAAUGGGGCUAGAGCAGGGCGUUACGUUACACCCGAAAGCUUGUACGCUGAGUAUUUGUCGACUCUGAGAUCCGAAGGUGACAAGCGGGAUACGCUCGCAAAGCAGGCGCCUCGGGAAAGGAGGAGGUUCCUUCCAAGUCGAGUCGAAGCACAAAAACUGUAUUCGUCAGUUCGGUGUUACAAUUGUCGUAAUCGAGGACAUGUUGCGACAAAGUGCCCGAAACCAAGAAUUGAGUGCAAGAAAUGUGGCCGCAUUGGACAUGUGGAUGCUGAGUGCCGACGUGGUAACGUAGUAAAAGAAAACAUGUCUAAGCAGGCACUAACGACAAGUGUAGCUGACGCAAGUAAUAAUAAGAAUUAUUACAUAGACAUUAAGGUCAAUGGUAAGCCGACGCGAGCUUACAUUGACUCAGGAGCUGAACCGGUCCUUGUCAAGCAAAGUGUUGCUAGAGAAUUGGGACUGAUGUGGCAGCCAAGUUUACAUUUGAUUCGUGGUUAUGGCCAGGGAAUCACCAAAGUGCAUGGGGAAGUCGAAGUAGAGCUAGAAGUGGAUCUUGUCAAGGCAAACGUAAAAGCUUUGAUUGUCGAAGACAGUGCACAACGUGUGCCUGUCAUAGUGGGACAGACCUUCCUGAAUGCGGGUGCUAAUACGAUUAUAGCAAAUGAGGAAGCUGUGAGAGUAGUUGACGGAAACAACGAAUCGAUCCAAGCAUUUCUAGGCCAACUUCCGACACGAAAAGUUGCACUUUGGGCGGAAGAGGAAACAGUGAUCCCUCCUCAAUCCAUUGGUUGCAUACGAAUCAAGGCAAAAGACGAUGGGUGGAAAGGAGCUUAUUACGUUGAAGGGUGUCAACGUCCGAGACCAGGGUUCGAACACGUUGUUCAUCGGUGUGUCACAUGUGAUGGAGGCCUAGUGACCGUUCGCAAUCUAUCGCACCAAGAUCUGGUAUAUCGAAAGGCGCAAAUCGUUGCGAGAGCUGAGCCUUGCGAGCAGGAAAGGACAGUUACGACGGUGAGUGUGUUUUCUGUGGGGAAGGUUGAGGUAAAGAGUUUUCAACGGUGGGAACUUCUUACACAAGUCAAUAAGAAUCUAGACCCGGCUCAGUUCGAGCAAUUGUUACAACUCGUUAACGAAUUUCGAGAUUGUUUUGCACGAAAUGUAGCGGAAAUAGUUUAUCGUCCUUAUCGGUUAUCGCAUCACGAAAGAAGAAUUGUUCGAGACAUAGUAAAUGACUUGUUAGGUAGCGGAGUCAUACGAGAAUCAGACUCGCCAUAUUCGAGUCCCAUACUGUUGGUGCGGAAGAAAGAUGGGCAACACCGUAUGUGUGUUGACUAUCGGCAAUUAAAUUCGAAAACAAUCAAAGAUCGCUUUCCGUUACCACGAGUAGACGAACAUUUGGAUAAACUAAACGGUGCAAAGUUUUUCACCACACUAGAUCUCGCGAGUGGGUACUAUCAGAUCCCAAUGGCCACCGAAUCGAUUCCAAAGACAGCAUUUGUUACGCCUGAUGGGCAUUACGAGUUUGUCCGCAUGCCUUUUGGUCUAGCCAACGCUCCGGCAGUGUUUCAGCGAGCUAUGAAUAAGGUGUUGGGUCCAUUACGGUUUCAGACCGCUUUUUGUUACAUAGAUGAUCUUCUGAUACCUUCCAAAGACUUUGAAACAGGUCUUAACAAUUUACGAACGGUGUUUCAAUUGCUUCGACAGUUCGGAUUGACUCUAAAGCUGAGUAAAUGUUGCUUCUUUGGAAGUCAAAUAGAGUAUUUAGGGCAUGAGAUCAGUGCGGAAGGCAUUAAGCCAGGCGAGACAAAAAUCAAAGCGGUGACAGCUUUUCCCAAACCAACAGACGUACACAAACUUAGGCAAUUCUUAGGUUUGUGUGGGUACUUUCGAAAGUACGUGAAAGAUUACGCAACAAUAGCAAAUAGUUUGACGAGUCUCCUAAAGAAAGGCAGUGCAUUUGUUUGGGAAGAAGCACAAGAGCGGGCUUUUCAGACUUUAAAAGACAUCUUGACGAGCAGACCAGUUCUUGCAAUUUACGACACGGAAGCUGAAACGGAGUUACACACUGACGCUUCUAAAGUUGGAAUUGGUGGCAUUCUGUUGCAACGACAAGGUGAUGGAUCUUUGCGUCCAGUUAUGUUUUUCAGCCGACAGACGACCAAAGAGGAACAAAGGUACCACUCGUACGAGCUAGAAACGCUAGCGGUGGUCUGUUCUCUCAAACAUUAUCGAGUAUACUUGUUGGGGCUUCAAUUCAAGGUGAUCACAGACUGUAAUGCUUUACGAACAACCCUUACCAAGAGAGAUUUGAUUCCACGAAUUGGGAGAUGGUGGUUGUUGACUUCUGAGUUCGACUUUACUGUAGAAUACAGACCUGGCAGUAAAAUGAGUCACGUUGACGCUUUGAGUAGAAAUCCGGUAUUAGAUCCUUCGGAGCCUUCAGUGGAAGUCUUGCAUAUUAAUGUUAACGAUGAUGAUUGGAUUUUAGCUGUUCAAAUGAAGGAUGCGAGAUGCGCAUUGUUGAAGGAAAUAUUGGAAAAAUCACCGACGAACGCUGAAGAGCGUGCCAUUCACAAAGAGUACAAACUAAAGGAUGGUCGAGUAUUCAAACAGACUGAGUCAGGAUUAAAAUGGGUCGUACCAAAAGCGGUAAGACGCCAGAUUUUAUUAGCACACCACGAUGGAAUUGGCCAUUUAUCGAAUGAGAAAACUUUGGCAUCUGUGUCGAAAUCUUAUUGGUUUCCUUCAAUGCGGAGGUAUGUUCAUAAAUAUAUUUCUAGCUGCUUGGAGUGUCUCUACAAUAAGGAAGCCGGAGGAAAGCAGCCAGGAUUUUUGAAUCCCAUACCUAAGAAUUCGCAACCAUUUGACACAUUGCACAUGGAUCAUUUGGGACCAUUUGUAAAGAGCAAAUCACAUAAUUCUUAUCUUUUAGCUAUUAUCGAUGCAUUUACUAAAUUUGUCUUUCUCAGGGCCGUGCCUAAUACUAAGGUGGGCCCUGUUUUAUCAUUUUUAGCUUCUCUUACAGGAAUGUUUGGUGUACCUAAACGUAUAAUAGCCGAUCGUGGGGCUUGUUUUUCUAGCAAAAAGUUUAAGACACAUUGUACCGAUUUAAACGUUAAAUUAGUACUAACCGCGACUGCCACACCACGGGCUAAUGGCCAGGUGGAGCGAUUAAAUCGUACGAUUUUAUCUCAGCUUGCUGCUAGCUCGAGAGAAGAAGAGAAAUGGGAUGACUUUGUGAGUAGAAUUAGUUGGGGUAUUAAUUCUACGCCGAAUUCGACUACGGGCAAAAGUCCAUACGAAUUGUUGUUGGGGUAUACACCUCGACAUGCUAAUGACUCAAUCCUCACCAACGUGGUGACAGAGGGUGUUCAUGAUGGUGAUUUGCCACGGACACGAGCAGACGUUGCUCAGCGUGUCGAAAAGGAACAGCAGAAGCAAAAAGAGCGUUAUGACAAGCGACGCUGUGCCCCAAAGAGAUUUAAUGCAGGUGAUCUCGUGUUGGUACGCACCACGCGAGCUUCAAACGAGGGCAAAAGUCGGAAGCUGUUACCUAAAUAUUCGGGACCGUACCGAAUUCAGAAAGUGCUCGACUACGAUAGGUACGUCGUGACGGACAUGCCGGGGGCGACGCGUUCCCAAAAACGAUAUGAGGGUGUUCACUCAGUGGACAAAUUGAGGCAUUACGUUGUCGCCACGACGAGUGGAGACGAAACAAUAGGCGAUGUCAGUGACGAAUGACUGAGUUCGCUGUGAAGCUGAGUGAAGUUCAACGUGAACUCACGAUUUUGGGCCCAAAUGUUGUUUUUAAGCGCUUUACGUUGAAACUCAUGAGUUAAUGAUUUGUUGUUGUUAUUGUUCUUGUUCUUGUUAUUGUUCUUCUACUUAUUCUUGAGGUUACUGAUCUUGUUGGUGUUGGUGUUCUUAUUGUUGUUGUUGUUGGUGUUCUUAUUGUUGUUCUUAAUUAAUUCUCAACGUGAGAAACACGAUUAUGAUUAUUUUCAGAUUCAUUCUCAACGUGAGAAACACGAUUAUGAUUAUUUUCAGAUUCAUUCUCAACGUGAGAAACACGAUUAUGAUUAUUUUCAGGUUGUUUAUAAAUAGUUCUUAAGUGGGACUCGGGCUGUAGAUGAUACUACGGCUCGGAUGCAUGGUACUGGUUAAUUACUUGUUUUUGAAACACCGGUGGUUCCCCGAGGACGUGGAACACGGAAGCGUGGCCGACUGUUAAGUGAAGGGGGCGCUGCUGGUGAAAUUGGCGGGAAAUGAUGACGCGUGAGGCGCGUACGGGCAACGCCUAGUUAGUUGGAAGGACACUGUGGCAGUGUCAAUGUCGUUGUUGAAUCUAAUUUGCUAAUAAAUUAGUUUUUGGGUGAA